AUGUCCGACAACGAUCCCAACACCAAGGAUGGCCAGGCGGCACCCUCGGUCCUCACCUCGAAAUUCGCCAAGCUCAACCCCUUCUCCCGCACCUCGGCCGCCGACCCCGAUGGAGGCGGCGACAACCUCGGUGAAGAGGUCGAAUUUGACUCGAUCGCUGGCGGUGGACACGCCGCACGUCGCACCAAGAUCACCAAGUCGGAGCUGCGCAUCAGCCACGCCCUGCGUCAGUUCCUCGUCAACGAGAACCUGCUCUCCGCCGCCGACGCCUCGCUCGAUGACCCGCAGGCGACGAGCUCCGAUCCCCUGAAAACGCUUGUCGACCAGUCCCACAUCGAAGUUCCGGACUAUGUGCGCGAUCGCUCCCGCCCGCUGAGCGAGUACUUUGUCAGCUCGUCCCACAACACGUACCUCCUUGCGCACCAACUCUACGGCAGCUCCUCCGCGGUGGCUUACGAGCACGUGCUCGUGACAGGUGCGAGAUGCGUCGAGAUCGACGCGUGGGACAACGAGGACGAUCCUGCGGAACCCAAGGUGACGCACGGCUACACCCUGGCGUCGCACAUCCCCUUCCGCGCCGUCUGCGAGACCAUGAAGCAGGCGAUCCAGAAGGAGGAAGCCAAGGCUGCACGGGAUGGGUCGUUCAAGGUGGCACCCGUUCUGUUGAGUCUCGAAAACCACUGUGGACACGCGGGGCAGAAGCGACUGGUGGAGAUCAUGCACGAGGUAUGGGGCGAUCUGCUCAUCUCUGGUCCCGUUGAAAAGGGUGAACCUGCGAGUGAGCAUACAUCGCUCGACCACCUCGGUGCCAAGAUCGCCGUCAUGGUCGAAUUCCACCUCUCAAACGAGCCGCCCGUCGAGAAACCCGGGGAGGAGGACGAUGAGGAGGAGACAAAGAACAAAUCCGCACGGAAUGAGGCGAAGAAGGCGGGGAUCAUCCCGGAACUCUGCGCCUUGGGCGUGUACGCGCAGUCGGUGAAACCCGUCAACUCGUCGUGGUACGAGACGACGCUCACCAACGGUCCGCACGACCAUCUGAUCAACAUCUCCGAAACGGGCCUGUUGGAUCUGCUCCCCAAACAGGCAGAGGCGAUCAAGAAGCACAAUGCCGAACACCUCAUGCGCGUCUACCCGAAAGGCACGCGCAUCAGUUCGAAAAACCUCAACCCGGUGCCGUUCUGGGGAGUGGGGGCGCAAGUGUGCGCGCUCAACUGGCAGACGUUCGAUGCGAGUGUCCAGCUCAACGAAGCGCUCUUUUCGGGUUCCGACGGAUACGUUCUCAAGCCUCCCGGACUGCGUAUGGGUGGCGAUGGAAACACCUCCCUCGGUAAGCACCGACUCAAACUGCACAUUGCAGGAGCAACCGAUCUGCCCCUACCCAAGGGCAAGGACGCCGACGACAUCCGUCCCUACCUCAGCUGCACCCUCAUCCUCCCCACCGAUCUCGAGGGCGAACCGGAGAAACGAAAGACCAAGGCGUACAAGCAGCACAAGCUGGGGAUCGUGCACAAGGGCGAACAGCCCAUCCCCACCGAUCCGAUUUGGCACGAGACGCUCGAGUGGGACUUUGAACACGACGAACUGGCCUUCUUGCGCAUCAUGGUCAAGAGCGACGAUCGAUUUGCUAGGAAUCCCAUGUUCGCCGUCGCUACUGUCAGACUUACAUAUGCGGCGCAAGGGUGGAAGUUCAUCCGACUGCUCGAUUUGAAGGGCCGAGAGACGCAUUCGACCCUCCUGGCUCGGUUCAAAUUGGAGAGGUUGUAG